AUGUUAGAACAUAGCAAACAUGAAAAAUAUUUUGAUUUUUUUAAAUUUAAAUGUUCUGAUACUCGUGAAUUUCAUCCACAUUUGUGGCAAUAUGAUAAAUGUCAUAAUGAUAAUCAUUGUUUUUUUCAUCAACGUUGUGAUUAUUUUAAAACAUUACAAAGUAUUGAUAAGAAUCUUCCUGAUAAUGAAAAACUUGCUCGUUUAUCUAAAAAAAAUUCAUUAUUGAGACUUAAAAGAUUACAUAGUUUUAUGAAACUUAGAUAUGAUAUUUUCUUUUGGAUUAAAAAUUUUUCAGAUACAGGAACAACACAAUAUAAAGAUAAAGUUAAACUUUUACGUGAUUUUAAAACAUAUAUAAAACAAAUUGAAGAAUACCAAUUAAAAUCUCCAAAAUAUUAUCCAGUUUCACCUUCUGCUCAGUCAUUUGACUGA